AUGGCCGAACGAUCCUCCCUGAUACAGCAGGUGUCGUCCAUCACGGGAUGCAAUCAUUACCAGGCACAAACCGUGCUCGAGCGCUCCAACUGGAACGCUGAGCGAGCCAUGAAUUCCUACUUCGACGACCCGCCACCAGAAAGACCAGCUGUAAAUACGACGAUCGCCCCGUUUCUAGGUGCCCCCCAUGACUCAGCCGCCGUCAGCUGGGAUGUCCCCAACAACCCCGCUUACGCACCUCCACCAGGUCCGCCGCCAGCAUCAAACCCAAAUUGGGGUGCCAACAACAAAGACUUGACAAACGAUGGCGAUCCAGAUGAAGACCUUCGACGAGCUAUGGCCGCCUCGUUACAAGACCAUCAAUCACAGCAAGCCUACCGACCACCCGCGGCUCCGUCAAGCACAGUCGGCGACCUUGGCAUGUCAGAAGACGAACAGCUGCGACAAGCGUUAGAAGCAAGUGUACAGAGUCAUCACGAUCUUUUGCAGUCAACAGGCUCCGGAGCAUGCUCGCCGGCACUACCACAACAUCUCGAAAUGAAUCCCGAGACGCGACGCAUCCCAGGAGCCCCGAUCGCAAUGGUCGCGCCUUUCGCAUCGCUGCAAGUUGCCGCCGCAGUACUACAAGCCUUGUACGCUGCUCCACCGGCACGUAGAGCCUUCUUGGCCAGUCGACCCGUCGACACGCGUGGCACGGAUCUUUCCAACUACUGGAAGGGCACAUCGCCAACAGAUCCCAGUUUCGAAGCAGCAUCACAGUCUCCACUCGACGUCCACUUCGACCUGACGCGGCGCAUUCAAACGCUCUUCGCGUUUGCAACGCUAUCGCAGCGGCCGUUGUGCGUUGUCAAGGACGUCACAGCACUCAUGCCCAGCGAAAUAGUCGCACGAGGCGCAGACCACACCUCAUCGGCCCGAGUCGCCAGUCUGUGCCACGAGUUCCUCGUCGAAAACUUUUCCAAACACGUUUCGGCGGUCACCGAUAUGAUCCUCUCGGCACCAUCUGCAGCAGCUGUCUCUACAGACGCGCUCUGGAUGACGGAUGCGCUGUUCCUCUCCUCCGGAGCGGCAGCACUUACCAUCCCUGCAUCGUCCCCGCUCAAUGGCAGCUCAGCAGACCACUCGCCACCUAAAAUCGAACAACGCCGAAGCUUUAUCCAGCUGCGCCACGAUUCGGUCAACUCGGACACCUACUCGUGCUUGCGAGCAGCACUGGCAUCGGAUGGCGAAGGCGCUUUGCUCACGCAGCCAGCCCAUGUGAUCAGCAUGGGUAUCGAUCACGCUCUUCCGUCUUGCAACGCUCCUUCAGCUUUCACGAUCCAAGAACGGAUUCAUCUCGAUUCGCUCAUGUGGGAUCGUCGACGAGGGCAAAGGUUGGAUGCCGAACUUCAAGGUUUGGAGACGAUACGGCUCGAAAGCAUGUGUUCAGAUCUGGAGGCUAGGAAAAGAAAGCUUUUGGGUGAUGGAGGUCGUGUUACCCAAGAGCUUUUUUCAGGUGCUAAGCGAUACUUUGAGCAGAUCGCUGAGAGCGAUGGUCAAGAUGAGGUUCGAUCCGCAUCAAUCGCAGAAGCCGCACCUCAGAUCGACAAGAUUACGCAAGCGAUCGAGGCGGAUCUCGCGGCUACAGAUGACUUGAUUGCCACGAUCAAGCAGAGAGUCGAUGCGAAGCGGGCCAUGGUCAAGCAACGAGCGACGAGAGAAGCGCAGAAUCCGGAAUGGCAGCAGAUGGCGUAUGAUCUGUGUGCUGUCCUACUGUACGAUGCCGGACAAGUGAUCGCAUUGGUCCAGGAGCGUGGCAAGUGGUGGAAGGUCAGUGGUGGCACAGCUACGCAGGUGGCCAAGGAGGAUGUGGUGAUGGGUAGGGAGCAGGAUCCGAGCCUGCAGGUGUUCUGGCUGGUCUAUGCACGAGCCGAGGACAAGGUGGAGCAGCAAGAGAGCGACAAGGUGAUCGAGACGUUGAUCGGGGAACCUGUAAAGGUAGCAGUGGCAGAUGACAAUUUGACGUACGAGUCCGAGCUGUUGUCAUUGAUCCGCUCAGAUGCAGCCAGCCCCAGCUCGACCGAUGUUGAUGUGGCAGCCGAGGAACAGCACGAAACGGAGCAGGAUGGACAAGGUACAGUGGAUACCGUGCGCGACGUGCCAAUGACGGCCAUCGAUGCGACGCGAUCCUCAGAUUCAGUCUGA